ACUACCAAGACAUUGGAGAGCACGCCACACAUUCGUCUCUUCCACUUUCCUUCACCGAAUUUUCCCGAGAAAAUUCUCCAAUUUUCUCGCGGACGCCAGACCUCCAUAUUAACCCUUCCUCGUCCCUCCAAACGCAAUCUUGCUGAAUUUUCAUCCGAAACCCUAGAAUUUGUUUGGAUUCAAAUGGGGCAACAACAAUCGAAAGACGAAUUGUUGUUUCAGCAAGUGAAUAAUGGAAACAUCGAAGGAAUCAAAUCCCUUCACAGAGAAGGCGCAGGUCUCGAGUGGAUUGAUAAAGAAGAGAAGACUCCGUUGACUGUGGCUUGUACGAAGUUUGAACUGUAUAAUGUUGCUAAAACUUUGAUUGAAUUGGGUGCCGAUGUGAAUGCAUAUCGUCCCGGUCGUCAUGCCGGGACUCCAUUACAUCAUGCAGUGCAAAGAGGCCUUGAACAAACUGUUAAGUUACUUCUUUCACAUGGAGCAAAUGCAUUAGUGAUGAAUGAUGAUUCUCAAACUCCACUUGAUGUUGCUAGAGUUAAAAAGAACACCAACAUUGUCCGUGCAAUUGAGAGUCAUAUCUGCUUAUUCUCUGGUUGGCUGCGGGAGCUUUAUGGUCCAAGCUUUCUUGAAGUACUAGCUCCCCAAUUGCUUUCAAGAAAAGUUUGGGUGGUUGUUUUACCAUGUGGUUCCCGUAAUCUUACGAAGCCUUUCAAGUUAGAGCUUGCCAUAUAUCCUAGUCAGCAGGAUUCCCAGCCUCGAACUCUUAUUGCACUGUGGAAAGCCAAUAUGGAAGAACCAAAGUUUAACGAGCCUGAUCCUGCAGUGAUAAUUUCUGAUAUUUCCAGCAUCCCAAGACGCUGGAGGCGGAGGCGAGGUAUUUUGUCCUCCCGAGAGGCAAGGUGUAAGCUUCAAGGUGGUCGACAGACCCGCAUUAAACUUGCACCUGCAUAUGAAACAGACAAGCAACAACUGCAGAGAUUUUCCAAUGCAUGCAAAGGAAUUCCACAGGUAAUGCAUCAAAAUUUUCCUUUUAACACCCAAGCGCCAGUUGUUCCAACAACUGCCCCGUCAUCAUCUGCAGAAGAUAUAGAAUUAGCUAUGGCAAUCAAUGCCUCGAUCCAAUCUGCUAUGGAAGCAAUGCCACCCUUUGUUGAUACUAAUCAUAGCUCUGGAGCAAAUGCAUCCUCCAGCAGUCACAGUGCAUGCGAAAUCCAUGAAGUUGGUUCAAGUGGCAAUUCAACUCAACAAAUUCAGAAUCUGAGUGACAUUCCAGCUGUUGUCCAAACAACGGUUGAGAUACCUAUCCCAGCUUCACUCCCAUCGGCCCGACCCAUCAAGAAUGCGAUCAUAAAUGAUGGUCCUAUUCAUUACCCAUCAGUUGAUUUCAGCCCUGUUGAUUUGUCUUCCCCUGUAGUGGAGAACUUACCUGCUAUGGAAGAUGGAACGAAAGAAGAUACGGCUGCUUCUUCAUCAUGCGUGAUAUGUUUGGAUGCUGCAGUUGAGGGGGCUUGCAUUCCAUGCGGCCACAUGGCUGGAUGCAUGUCUUGUUUGAAUGAGAUCAAAACCAAGAAGUGGGGUUGCCCCGUGUGUCGUGCCAACAUUGACCAGGUUAUACGUCUGUAUGCUGUUUAAUCAUCGAAGCAAGAUAUGGUGACACUGCGUUUAGUUGGUGAGCUUUUGGCGAAAAUAUAUGACCGCAAUAGUUGGCAACUACAGUGACAGAUUAUAGUGGUCUUCAAGGUCUCUUUCGACGAAACAACUGGUAAUCAAACUUGUUAAACUUUAUGCUGUUAUUUAUUGGAAGUGAACUAAGUUUAGACUUUAAGUGGGAAUUUUUUUUCCAUUUAGGGGGAUGUCAAGUGAAUAUUGUAAUUUCCUUUUGUAAAAUAGAAGCGGCAGUAUAUUCUUGUGACUGAAGUUUACACACUCGAUGUAAAUUUUCUGUUUUCAUUUUUGUGUCAAGCAGUAUUUUGAAACAGAUACUGUGAUAUUUUUUCAUGUUGGAUAUUUGUAUGCUCUGCUGAUAUGCCUUUUAACUGUGAGAGGAGUUUUAAGGA